UACUCCACGCGGGCAUCGAGUUUUCGAACGCACCGACGUUGACUCUUCUGUGUGACGUUUCCCAAUGGGGGCGGAGCAUUCUCCAGCUUCCCAAUUCUAACCAACCCGAUCCCCAUAGCCGUUGCAUUCUACUGAUUUGCUUCAGUGUGCCUCGGCAGUGCGUACGGUGCGUUUUUUGGUAUGUGCCCGUGCACAUAGCCGCUCACCACCAACGUACGUUCGUGCUCGCGAACAUCCAUUUCUCUGUCGUAUGUAACGAGAAACUGUUGUGCUUGUUAAUAUCGUCUAGCGAAAAGACAUACUCCUCGCAAUGCCCUGGGCAUGUUUUUCCGACAUUCAGACAGUAUAGUGGCAUGAGUCGAUUAAUCUAUGGCAGAUCAACAAGAUCAGUUGUCAUCAGGGGGGUCUGUAGAGACGGCAGAUGCUUCAGCAGGCACCUCUAAGCCUAGAGGAAACAACUCUAGCAGUGGUAGCAGUGGUUAUAGAAAACGACAAAGCACUGGUUCUAUUUCAGACACUGUAGAAGAAAAAAGACGUAGAGAAACUAUUGAUAACCCGCAAUCGUCUCAAGUUUUUAAUAAUACUUCUUAUAAACAAUUGACUGAUACUUUCAAAACAGUGAGUAGAGCAAGAGGCGAUAGUAAAAGUCAUGGCAGUGGCUUAGAAUCAUAUCUAGAUAAUACUUGGAGGCCUCAGCACAAGGUUCAGCAAUCAAAUUAUAAUAUCAGUGGGAAUAGUACAAGAGUUCGUAGUACAACAAGAACAAGUUUACCAGAGUUCAAUUUGAAAGCUAUCGACUGUAUUGCAGCGAGGACACGUUCUAGAACACCACAAAAUUCGCAAGCCAUAUCGCAAGGACAUAAUAGUUUCGAUUUAUCGUUAAACAGUGGUUACAAUAACAGAGAAGAGUUAACAUAUAACAACUUGGUACCAACGUCAAGUGCUACGCCAAUUACUAGUCAUCCAACCACAUCUAGAGGAAGAGGGUCAAAGUCUCACGGUGGUGCAACCUGCGCGGGUAGCAGUGCGAGUAAUCAAGUUUUGAGUGUGAAGUCCAGCAUCAGAGUGGGUAACGCAGCCAGUAAUUCUGUGGAGAGCGGUGGGGGGGCGUUGGCACAUGACGGGGCAGGCACUAGUGGCAUCACGACAACAGCCACUGCCAAUCCACCUGUGUCUGCCACCGCCGCUGCCAACCUUACACACCCUUAUCCUACGCACAAGCAUAUAUUACGUUCUCGCGCAAAAGCCUCCAGUGAGCAAUCCAGAGAAUUGCCGACUAGUAACAAAACUUCAGGAAAGCAUCAUAAAAAAGACACUACAACGGGUACUUGUUCAAGCUCCAGACACCGCUCUUCGUCACGUGCACGAAAAGCAGUGUUUGAAAGCGGUUCUGGAGGAGUGGGAAGUGUAAUGUCAGGAUCUGAAUCCGUGACCAAUAGUGCUACCCCAACAUCGGUCUCAUCUACGGUUCCUGUCAAUCAGUUGGUUACUACAACAGGGGAGGACGAAUCAGCAUCUACAGCUACAUCUGCAACUGCUAGUGGAGGACCUUCAGGAAUGUCAGCUACCACAGGAGAUAGCGAAAGCGAUGAUGGUGAAGUUGGAAGGUUGCAGGCAUUAUUGGAAGCAAGAGGAUUGCCUCCACACGUAUUUGGUGCAUUAGGAUCACGAAUGCAACAUUUAUUAAAUAGAAGCAUGGGCGCUAGUUCGGCUGCGAAAGCCCAACAGCUCUUGGCUGGGCUACAAGCCGUUGACGAUGAAGGAGAACAACUACAAGCUGUUAUUGGAAUGGGUGAAAUUCUUGUGAUGGGAAAUGAAGACACGUUGACUGGUUUCCCAGUGAAACAAGUGGUUGCUGCUUUAAUCAAUUUGCUUGGCAUAGAACACAAUUUUGUGAUAAUGACACACGCUUGUCGUGCUCUAACUUACAUGAUGGAGGCUUUACCUCGAUCGUCGACAGUUGUGGUAGAUGCAGUCCCAGUGUUCUUGCAAAAGCUGGAAUCUAUCGAAUGCAUGGAUGUUGCUGAACAAUGUCUAACUGCAUUAGCAAUGCUAUCACGUCGACACAGUAAAACUAUUUUACACGCGGGCGGAGUAUCAGCGUGUUUAAAAUUCGUCGAUUUCUUUAAUAUUACGGCUCAACGGGCUGCAUUAACUAUUACAGCAAAUUGUUGCCAAAAUCUUCAUCCCGAUGACUUUCACUUGGUAGCUGACAGUUUGCCCUUACUCACUAGUAGACUGACAAAUCAGGAUAAAAAGAGCGUUGAGUGUGUUUGUCAAGCAUUUAGUCGUUUAGUUGAUAGCUUUCAACAUGAUUCUGUAACUUUGCAUAAAAUCAUCAAUGCAGAACUUCUUCAAAAUUUACAGCAAUUGCUUAUGAUUACACCACCUGUUAACAGUAUCGGUAAUUUCAUAACAGUUCUACGAAUGCUCUCUGUGAUAUCAAAUCGCUGUCCUGACUUGGCACAGUUGCUUUUGCAACAAAAUAUUGCUUUCACGCUGAGUUAUCUUUUAACCGGCUCACUGGAAGUGAAAACGGAGGAUGUGGAACUGGUGCCACGUUCUCCGCAGGAGUGGUUUGAAAUCACUUGUUUAAUUGAGGAGCUAAUGCCUCCUCUACCGACAGAUGGUAUAUUUAGUGUAAAUAGUUUACUCGAAAGGACCAGUAAUCAACAAGAAAAUGUUCAUUGGGAAUGGCGUGACGAAAGACAUUGUUAUCAUCCGUUUAGUACCAUCGAUUCUAGAAUUAUCGAGAUGGCGUUUCAAAAUGGCGAGGAUGAGAUUUGUCUUUCUUCUUUAGGACGAACUUAUACAAUAGAUCUGACUGUGAUGAAACAAAUCAAUGAAGACAUUGGAGUGGCAAGAAGCAUUUUUCGUAGAGUGAAUACUCAUCCCACAGAAGGCAAAAGUCCUACUUGUUUAUCAAGCAUGGAUGUUGUACCUCCAGUGAUUGAAACAAACGAAUGGCUAGUGUCCUUCAUUCGAACUUUAUUCUCCGUGCUAUAUGAAGUGUACAGCAGUUCUGCUGGUCCUGCCGUGAAAUGUAAAUGUCUUCGAGCUCUAUUACGUAUGGUCUACUAUGCUUCAACUGAUUUACUUAAGGAUGUCUUGAAGAACCAAGUAGUAUCGUCACACAUAGCGGGUAUGCUGGCGUCCCAAGAUUUAAGAAUUGUUAUUGGAGCUCUUCAGAUGGCAAGUAUAUUAAUGAAAAGGCUACCACAAGUGUUUGGGGUUCAUUUUCAUCGUGAAGGUGUACUGCAUCAAAUACGACAACUAGCUGAUCCUGAAGUACCUCUUGGUGUUUCACCACCCAAGUGUCCUUCUGGUACAUCAUUACCAACUCCACAGCCGGGUCCGUCUAAUACAUCACUUUCUUCCACCACAAUGUUGUCUUCUAGUAACGCCACAUCUCCAAUAGCUUCUCCAUCAACAAAUGGUAAUAUAUUGUUCGGUACAAUUGCAACGUGUCAGUUGAAACCAAAUCUUUCUGCAUCGAUGGAAGCACAUGCUAGGAAUGAAUUGAAUUCCAUAGAUGAUGUUUCAACACCACAAAGUGCUCACUUGAGAAUUGGGGACGUCUUGAAGAGGAAACGGCAAAGCAAAAAAGGUCGUUUCUCUAGAUUAGGCGGUACAACACCACAACAAACUCAACAACCGGAAUCACUUUUUACUGGUUUCGCUCCUAAGAAUAAUCGUUUCUUGGGCAAUCUUAAUCCUGCUAGAUGGGGUCGGAAAUCAUCGUCUUCGAGUUCCACAAGUGAUAAAAGAGAUUCAAGCUCGUCGACGAGCUUGUCGAAACCACCGAGUAAUUCAAGUUUAACUGCUGGUAAUCGAGACAAGGCUAAAGCAUGGGUUCGCGAACAGGCUGCUCAGUUUUUAACCCGUUAUCAGGAUAACGCUCCUUGCACGCAUCCUGCGAUGACAGUCCUUUCAAGACUCACAGCUGCUAUACAACGGUUACAAUCAAAUGAAUUGGAUGAAAUGUUGUCUGCUCUUACCGAAUUACGAGAUAUUGUACUUGAAAGUGAUAUAUCUCCGUUCGAGAUGAAUUAUAGUGGUCUUAUUAAAGCUCUGCUCAACUACCUCACUACUACCGAUGCACCUGGUAAUCGUUACGAUCGUCUUCGUAUAUUCUGGAAAUUAUUUGCAGAAUCGACUAUUAUGCAGCAGAGUAACAAUAUUAUGGAUCUUAAUCCUGGAGCAUUUGGUGCUCUGGUAGCAAAACUAAAUAGUUGUGUUGCGCAGCUGGAACAAUUUCCUGUGAAAGUUCAUGACUUACCAGCAGGAUCUGGUGCUGGUCGUGGAGGCACUAGUGCUCUUAAGUUCUUCAAUACGCAUCAACUUAAGUGCAAUCUUCAGCGACAUCCAGAUUGUAACAAUUUAAAACAGUGGAAGGGAGGUACUGUCAAAAUAGAUCCCCUUGCACUGGUACAAGCAAUUGAACGUUAUUUAAUUUUUCGUGGAUACGGCAGAAUACGAGAAGCAGAAUCUAUGGUCAGCGACGACGAUAACAGUGAAGAUGACAUAGACGACACUCUGGCAGCUGUAGUUAUAAGUCAAGGAUCAGCAAAACACAAACUCCAAUUCCUGAUUGGGGACGAAGUGCUGCCUUUCAAUAUGACUGUUUAUCAAGCUGUUAGACAAUUUGGUUGUUCUGGGAUUGAUCAUUCUGAAGCAGAAGCUGAUGGUGAACCACCCCUUGGUCACGAUGCUGUUUGGGUACAAACACACACAAUUUAUUAUAGGCCUGUACCGGAAGAAGAAACUACAGCAUCGCCAAAACCGGGAUCGAGUUCGCAAGGUAGUAGCCGUAAAGGUAAAGGGAAAAGUACAAAAAUCAGUUCAAAACGGAAAGAAGAUAGUUUAUGGCUUGAGGGAACGAUCCCUCCACAACGAUGUCCACUUGAACCGUAUCUGUCCCCUACCUUGCCACCUUCAGUUACCAUUACUGAUGCUUCAUUAGACGGUUUGUGCUUACUGCGUCUCUUACACGCGUUAAAUCGUCAUUGGGGUGUUCUAUUCCCUUACAUAAAGAGUGUGAGUCUACUUUCUCCGCAAGACUUUAUUAACAAUAAGAUAGCCGCGAAAGCAAGUAGACAACUGCAAGAUCCUCUAGUGAUCAUGACUGGAAAUUUGCCAUUAUGGUUACAACAAAUUGCUACAGUCUGUCCAUUCCUGUUUCCAUUCGAGACAAGACAAUUAUUACUCUACGCGACAUCAUUUGAUCGGGAUAGAGCUCUGCAACGACUCCUAGAUUCUGCACCGGAACUAUCAGGAUCUGACAGUCAAGAACGCGUUACUCCUCGUUUGGAACGAAGGAAACGAACUAUAUCAAGAACUGACAUCCUUAAACAGGCGGAACAAGUUAUACAGGACUUAGCAUCUAGCAAAGCCUUACUUGAAGUGCAAUACGUUAACGAGGUUGGUACCGGUCUUGGUCCAACAUUGGAAUUUUAUGCUCUAGUCUCUCAGGAAUUGCAACGUGCUGAUCUUGAUCUUUGGCACGGUAGUUCAAAUCCUACUGAAGCAGGAUAUGUUAAUACUCCGCAUGGACUCUUCACAAUGCCAACCUCAUGGAAUACUAAAGUAUCUCAUCUUGCGAAGUUGAAAACAAAAUUUAAAUUCCUUGGAAAGUUUAUGGCAAAAGCGAUAUACGAUUCAAGAAUGUUGGACUUGCCAUUUAGCUUAACUUUCUAUCGUUGGUUAUUGGGAGAAGAACAUACUUUAACGUUAUCGGAUUUAGUGUAUGUGAGUCCCGAGGUACAUCGAACUCUUAGUAAGCUGCAAGAAAUUGUUAGACAAAAGGAAACGAUUGAAAAAGAUCAGACAUUGAGGCCACACGAGAAAGCACAACUAAUAGAUUCAUUAAGCCUAGAUAGUUGUCCGAUUUCGGAUCUUGGCCUUGUUUUUGAAUUACCAGGUUACGAGAACAUCGAAUUAAGGAAAGGCGGGAGCGAUAUACCCGUGAACAUAUAUAAUCUGGACCAGUAUAUCAAGCUGGUGGUACAUUGGUUCUUGUACGAAGGUAUCUUCAGACAAAUGGAAGCUUUUAGGGAAGGAUUUGAAUCUGUUUUCCCGCUAUCACAAUUAAAACUAUUCUUCCCUGAAGAACUCGAAGCUGUGUUCUGUGGACAUGCACAAACUGGUGGACAGUGGGACGUAAAAACACUUUCUGAAUGUUGUAGAACUGAUCACGGUUACACUCCAGAUUCUCGUGCAAUUCGGUUUUUGUUUGAAGUUAUGUCCAAAUACAACAGUGAAGAACAAAGACAAUUCGUCCAGUUCGUCACAGGUUCACCUCGAUUGCCAGUUGGAGGUUUUAAGAGUUUAACGCCACCGUUAACAAUAGUGCGUAAAACGUUCGAUCCGUCUAUGAAAACGGACGAUUUCCUACCAUCUGUAAUGACUUGCGUUAAUUACUUAAAACUGCCCGAUUACACAACUUUAGAAAUAAUGCGGGAAAAAUUGCGAAUAGCUGCACAAGAAGGACAACACUCGUUCCACCUUUCCUAGAAACGGAUGGAAAGCCGGCGCGCCAUUUGCUCUUUUUGCUAUCACAUUGCCCAGGUUGAGACCAAUUAUCCAAACCGCAUUAAAAAUAUUCAGAGAAACAAGAAACAGCUGCGUGAUUCAUUCGUAACUACAAUAGUUACAGUUUUGCACU